CGCAACGGCCCGCGACGCAAUCGGCUUAGCGUCAUUCCCAAUCAGGAGAGCAUUCUUUCCGUCUGUGAACACCUCAAGCUGUGCGAGCCUUCAUAUCCCUCAUCAAGUACGAAUCUGUGACCGGAGCAGCCGAGAUCAAUUGGACGCCGAAAUCUAACUCCAAGUCACUCUUUUGUUUGCGAUCUCCAAACGCUGACAUCCUGAUGCAAUUGGAGUUUUUGCUCGCUCAUUUUGCUGGACCCAACUAGGACUUCACCCCCGACAUCGAACUCUCGCCAUGACGGCAAAUGGAGGUGUCCGGCAGCGACAUGCAAAUGGCCGAUUGCCGGAGCUCGGUGGCAAACAAGACGUCACCGUUCAAGACCGCGACAAAGAACCUCCCUCCGCUACGGGUCUCAAUCUUCUCAUAUGCGUAGGAGGCAUCUAUGCCUCGUUCCUUACCUGGGGCGUUCUCCAAGAACGGAUCACCACCACCAAUUAUGGCACGGAGAGUAGACGCGAGGUCUUCAAAUAUCCGGUCGUGAUGAACACCCUCCAAUCUGCCUUCGCUGCUACCGUGGGUUACAUCUACACCGCACUGUCUCGAAAGUCGUCCUCCGACCUUCCCAUCUUCCCGUCGAGGCAGAUAGCGUGGGCGCUGAGCCUGGUCGCGGUGGUCUCAGCCGUGUCCUCUCCGUUCGGGUACGCCAGUCUUCAGCAUGUGGACUACAUCACCUUCAUUCUGGCCAAGUCAUGCAAGUUACUGCCGGUCAUGUUCCUCCACGUCACCCUGUACCGCAAGAAGUACCCCUUCUACAAGUACGCCGUCGUCGCUCUGGUGACCGCGGGCGUGGCCAUCUUCACUCUCCAUCAAUCCGAGGGGUCGAAGAAGAAGAAAGGCGCAGAAGGCAGUAGCCUGUACGGGUUGAUGCUGCUCGGCAUCAACUUGCUCUUCGACGGUCUGACCAACUCGACACAAGACGACAUCUACGCUCGCUUCCGGCCCUACAGCGGGAAACAGAUGAUGUGCGCGCUGAACUUGAUGUCCACGUGCCUCACGUCUUGCUACCUCUUGCUCUCUCCCUACCUCGUGCAAACGGGGCUCGGCGCAUUGCUGGGUACGGAUCCCAAGAGUGCAGGCGAACUCUCCGAAGCCGUUUCCUUCAUGCAACGCCAUCCCGCUGUCGCACGGGACAUUCUUGGAUUUGCCGCUUGCGGUGCGAUGGGUCAAGUCUUCAUUUUCAUGACCCUGUCAACUUUCGGCAGUCUUCUCCUAGUCACCGUGACAGUGACGAGGAAGAUGCUGACCAUGAUCAUCUCGGUGCUCUGGUUCGGGCACGCGCUCAGUGCAAUGCAAUGGCUUGGGGUUGGGCUGGUGUUUGGGGGCAUCGGCAUCGAGGCGGAGCUGAACAAGCGCGAGAAGAAGGCUAAGGCGGGUAAUAAGCAACGGUAAGCGUGGA